GAGCAUCCCAAGCUGGGCGUCUAUGUCAAGGGCCUAUACCUCAUGCCCUGUGCUACGAAGCAGGAUGUGAUGAGCAAUUUGGAGUAUGGGCUGAAGAUGAGAACUAUCGCUGCCACAAACAUGAACCAAAGCUCUUCGCGCUCCCACGCUGUCUUCACCAUCACAGUGAACAAGCUUGAGGGCGAACGCCCAAAGGGCCGGAACGACAAAGAUGAGCGCAAGUCCUUGCAUGCCAAGAUCAACCUUAUCGAUCUGGCAGGGAGUGAGCGCACGUCAAAGGCGCAGACGGAGAACGAGCGCCUGAAAGAAGGCUGUGCCAUCAAUCAGAGUUUAUCCCAACUUGGCCUGGUGAUCAAGAUGCUCACCGAGCAGAGCAGCGGGGGUUUGAAAGCCCCUAUGUUUCGCGCCUCGAAGCUCACCUUUCUGCUGAAGGACUCAUUGGCCGGCAAUUCAAAGACCUGUUGCUUUGCUGCAGAAGUUCUGGAUAGUCUAGGGCCCCGCCACGUCAAGAGGCGCAUAAGCAGUCCUACAUUAGGGAUGAUUAAACGGUCCCCUCCAAUUAAUAGGCAUUCUAGUAGCUAUCGGGUCCCGAUCGUUAGGACAUGA